AUGACUUAGAGGCCUUACAAAUACGUCUGUGCAUUCUUGCUUUAGACUUGACAAUUGAGGGCCAACCCAGUCUGGAAGCACCUCUUAUUAAUGUUACAAGGAAACCACUACCUCAGAGAACAAAGGGAAAGGAGAAGACUUACAAUAACAAAUGCCAUUUAAAAAAAUGGUUUUCAGAAAACAGUAGAGGAAAUUUGGAAAUUUUUAGCAUCGCAAAGAGGAAGCUUUAAAGGUAAAUGGAUUUGACAGGCAGGCUCUGUCAAAACUCUGCAGAGGUUUACUCUUCCUUUCUGAGGACUUAGCGCACAGUAAUUCUGUAUUGCUUUUUAAAUUGCUGUUGAUCAGCUUGUGGGUUUUUGGGUUCUAACUUUUUUUGGUAUAUUGAAGAUACAUUGUAUUACAUUAUAAUACAUUUUUUAAAGUUAAGUUAUUUUUUUUCCAUUGUAAAUACAAGUAUCAAAAUAUUCUUGCAACACAAUUAUAAACAUGCAUAUCUUUUUAUUGAGAGUGGAAUGCUGAACAGUUCUCAUAUUGCAUUUGGACACACUUGUAUUUUUUGUCAGAGGUCCUGCCUACGUUGAAAAUAUUAAUUAUAUAAACUUGUCCUUCUCACAUCUACAUUGGAUUGUGUGGUCACCUGCCUCAUGGAAAUGCCUUUUUUAAAACUUAGAUUUGCAGAACUCCACUAUUUUUAUACCUAGCUACCACUUUGGAAGAAGAAGAAUCAGAACCCUGACCUACUCAGGGUCCCUGGGAUAGUUCUCUCUCCGUAUGUAUUGCUGCAGUGCCCAGGACAGUAAAAUGGACUACAAGCGGCGCUUCUUGCUUGGCGGGUCCAAGCAGAAAGUGCAGCAGCACCAGCAGUACCCGAUGCCGGAGCUGGGCCGAGCACUGAGUGCUCCCCUGGCAUCUACAGCCGCCACUGCCCCCUUGGGCGGUCUGACCGCUGCAGGCAGCUGCCACCAUGCCGUGCCCCACUCCACUCCCAUCGCUGACAUCCAGCAAGGCAUCUCUAAGUACUUGGACGCCCUCAACGUCUUCUGCCGUGCCAGUACGUUCCUCACAGAUCUUUUCAGUACUGUGUUCAGGAACUCUCAUUACUCUAAGGCGGCCAUGCAGCUCAAAGAUGUGCAGGAGCAUGUCAUGGAAGCAGCCAGUCGGCUGACCUCAGCCAUAAAGCCUGAGAUCGCCAAAAUGCUGAUGGAACUGAGUGCUGGGGCUGCAAACUUUACCGAUCAGAAGGAAUUCAGUCUCCAGGACAUUGAGGUGUUGGGGCGAUGUUUCUUGACAGUGGUGCAGGUCCAUUUCCAGUUCUUGACUCAUGCAUUACAGAAGGUCCAGCCAGUGGCUCACUCUUGCUUUACCGAGGUGGUUGUGCCAGAAAAAAAGAACAGCAGCAGUGGCGGUGGUUUAUCUGGCACAGGACACACACCUGAACUGGAGGAAGCUGUUCGAUCCUGGCGGGGGGCCGCCGAGGCAACAUCUAGACUAAGAGAAAGAGGCUGCGAUGGUCGCCUGGCAGGAAUUGAAGUUCAGCAGCUCUUUUGUUCUCAAAGUGCAGCAAUUCCUGAGCACCAGCUAAAAGAACUGAACAUAAAAAUUGACAGUGCUUUGCAAGCAUAUAAGAUAGCUCUGGAAAGCUUAGGCCACUGUGAAUAUGCAAUGAAAGCUGGCUUCCACCUGAAUCCAAAGGCAAUUGAAGCAAGUUUGCAGGGCUGCUGCAGCGAGGCAGAAGCCCAGCAGACGGGGCGAAGGCACACACCCCCGCAGCCCAUGCAGUGUGAGCUUCCCACAGUCCCUGUGCAGAUAGGAUCGCACUUCCUGAAGGGCGUCUCCUUUAAUGAGUCGGCCGCCGACAAUCUGAAACUUAAGACGCAUACGAUGUUACAACUGAUCAAGGAAACAGGCUGCUAUAAUGGAAUCACAUCCAGGGAUGACUUUCCUGUGACUGAAGUGCUAAACCAGGUUUGCCCAUCCACAUGGCGGGGUGCCUGCAAGACAGCUGUGCAGCUGCUGUUUGGCCAAGCUGGACUGGUGGUAGUUGACACGGCACAGAUUGAAAAUAAAGAAGCCUAUGCCCCCCAGAUCAGUUUAGAAGGCUCCAGAAUCGUGGUUCAAGUCCCGUCCACAUGGUGCCUGAAAGAAGACCCUGCUACCAUGUCCCUGCUACAGAGAAGCCUUGAUCCUGAGAAGACGCUGGGUUUAGUGGACGUGCUCUAUACUGCUGUGCUGGACCUAAACCGCUGGAGAGCAGGGAGGGAACAAGCUUUACCCUGCAUACAGAUCCAGCUUCAGAGGGAAAUCUGUGAUUUUGGGAAUCAGACUGACCUGCCUUCUGGAAAUGGAAACAAAUAUUCAGGUGGCCUGCAGAAGACGUUUUCCAAACUGACCUCUCGGUUCACCAAGAAAGCUUCGUGUACCAGCUCUAACAGCAGCACUAAUUACACCAUCCAAAAUACCCCUUCCAAAAACAUCUUCAUAGCUGGGUGUUCAGAAGAGAAGGCCAAAAUGCCCAAUAAUAUUGAUACAAGGUUACAAAACAUUUUGAACAUUGGCAAUUUCCCCAGGACUACAGACCCUUCCCAGUCAGCUCAGAAUUCCAGUCAUCCUAUGGCCAAUGGUUUUCUUGUGGAGAGACGUGAGAACUUCCUGCCUGGGGACGAUGGCAAGGAUGAGAAGGGUAUGAAUUUACCAACUGAUCAGGAAAUGCAAGAGGUAAUAGAUUUUCUCUCAGGCUUUAACAUGGGCCAGUCACAUCAGGGCUCUCCAUUGGUGACAAGGCGUAAUUCUGCUGCCACAGCCAUGGUGACUGAGCAGAAGGCAGGAGCCAUGCAACCACAGCAGCCAUCACUGUCCGUGCCCCCUCCAACACGGCCACCCCAGCCUGGGGCACACACACCGCUAACACCCCAGCCGGGACUGACACCUCAGCAGCAGUCCCCAAAGCAACCACAGCCCCAGGUCCAGUACUACCAACACCUACUCCAACCCAUUGGAUCGCAGCAGUCCCUGCCCCAGCCUCGGGCACCUGGGAAAUGGGUACAUGGCUCAUCCCAGCAGCCAGCACAGACUGUUGGAACAGGUCUGUCUCCUCUUGCUCAGUGGCCUGGCAUACCUGAUCUCAGUUCCGACUUGUACAGCUUGGGUCUGGUGAGCAGCUAUAUGGAUAAUGUGAUGUCAGAGGUUUUGGGACAGAAGCCACAGGGACCUAGAAAUAAUACCUGGCCAAACCGUGACCAAAGUGAUGGAGUCUUUGGAAUGUUGGGAGAGAUUCUGCCUUUUGAUCCUGCAGUAGGCUCAGACCCGGAGUUUGCACGCUAUGUGGCAGGAGUGAGCCAAGCCAUGCAGCAGAAGCGACAGACCCAGCAUGGUCGUCGUCCAGGCAACGCCCGGGGAAACUGGCCACCCAUGGAUGAUGCCCAUCGGACCUGGCCUUUCCCAGAGUUCUUCACAGAAGGGGAUAGCCUGCACAGCGGCUGGUCAGGUGCUCAGGGAGACUCAGCCAGCUCGAGUGAUGAGACAUCUUCAGCCAAUGGGGACAGCUUGUUCUCCAUGUUUUCAGGGCCUGACCUCGUUGCUGCUGUCAAACAAAGAAGGAAACACAGCAGCGGAGAGCAGGAGACCAGCACGCUGCCUUCGCCACCUCUCAUUGCAGCAGCUGAGGACAUGAACCAGGAUAACAAAACCAAAACAUGGCCUCCCAAAGCACCCUGGCAACAUCCCUCCCCGCUGCCCGGCACACUGCCCAGCCCGAGCGCAUCACUCUAUGCAGUUGCCAGCCCCAGCAGCCAGUGGACCGACACCAUGCAAAUGCUGCAGUCCCCAGUAUGGGCUGCGACCAGUGACUGCAGCACUGCCUCCUUCACCUAUGUACAGACCCCACCACAGCCCCCAGCGCCCCCUGCACACAAGGCGGUGCCCAAGGGCUUCAAAGCUUUCCCCGGGAAGGCUGAGCGCAGGCCAGCUUACCUGCCCCAGUAUUGAUGCAGGACCAGCCUGCUAUGUGCGGAGAGCUAUUGGGGUGAGUGUCCCUGCCCCAGGGCCAGCUAGCUGAUACCAGUCCCCCCAGAGGACCAGUAUACCUCCAUCCUAGGGAAAGUUCCUUGGAGACAGGGGAGGUUGGCAGCUCUAAGACUUUAAAGCCUGGCUUCUCAAACUUUGGAAGUAUCAGAUCCCCGGAGAGCUAGCUGUAAACAGAUUUCUAACCCUCAGGGGGACGCUGGAGAAUCUGUGUGCUUAGUAAGCACCUCAGGUGAUCUGAUGCAGGCAGCCGCCAGCCAUACUUUGAGAAACACAGCUUUGGGGUUUUUAGUCCUACUGUGUGUUGGGAAGGCAUCAGGCCUGAAGGCUUAGAGCAAAACUGACCAUUUUUCUGCAGACUUGUUCUUCUCUUUCUUAACACUUUGAGUGAUGACCACACCAAUCACUGUAUUUUAUACCUAUUUUUUCAUUUAGGUUUUUAGUUAAAACAUCUCCUGCCUAACAUGCAGUGAAUAUUUUAAGAUAACAGAUAUACCGGCUGGGGGUUUGUUCAGCACUGUUGUUAUGUAAGCUUGUAUAAAAUGAGCAACAUAUACAAUAUUUGUGAUCAGAAGGAGUCACCUGGGUUUCCUGUGGGCAGGCAGCUCCUUGCCACCCCAGUAGUACCCAGGGAGUGCAGUAUUUACCGGAUUUACAACAGCAAGAUUGUCAAAUUGGUGUCCAAGGCAUACUGCCGAAGGUGCAUGGAGAUGAGCCAGCUGGCUGCUGUCCAUGUGCAGAGGAAAGCUGUGCUCUGCCCCAGAGCAUGGGGGCAUGGUCAAGGGCUACACAGACACACAUGCACUUGAAAUUACAGUAACAUUUUGGAGGUGGCUCAGAAGACAAACCAAUUAAGAUGUAGAUAGAAAUUAAUUUAAAGUCUUUUCUUUAAAAAAAAAAUCCACCUUGGGCGGCGCCUG